AUACGCGCAUAUUGUCAUUGUGAAAAAAUGUAAACAACAGUCAAAUGUUGACGGUAAAAAAAAGCAAAAUAAAUAUUAUAAAAUAAAAAUCUAUUAAAAAAAAGAAAAAUGACAGAACAAAUAUUUUCCCGUGUUAAAUCAUGCAUGAAUUCACAAUCAUAUUUUGUCAAUGAUUCUUGGCUAAGAGAUUGUAUUGAAUAUUUUUGCAGUGAAAAUUCACAGGUAAAUUUCAAUAAUGUUCAACAAUUUGUAAAAGAACAAUUUCUUCUCAGCGAUUUACGUGAAAUUAACAAUAUUAAUGGUUGUUUACCACCGAAUCUGUCCGAAAAACCAAAGACAAUUUUAGAUAGUAAAUAUACUCUUCAGUUGCUUAAAUUAUACGAUAUAUCAAUGUCAAAAUAUAAACAAUUGGAAAAAAUAAGAAACGUCUCAACUGUAAAUAUUGAUGUGACAAAUGAAAAUAAUUCACAACCAUGGGAACCAGUUGGAAAAAGAAUGUUGCAAUUAUUUUUAACUGAUGGCAUACAAGAAAUUUUAGCCAUUGAAUAUAAACCAAUAAGAAUUUUAAAUGAUUCCCUAUUACCUGGUUUGAAAAUAAUGAUAAUGGGUCCGGUAGUUUGUAGAAAAGGCGUUAUUCUAUUGGAGGAGACAAAUGUUGCCAUUAGAGAAGGAGAAGUUGCCGAUCUUCUUAUUCCAAAUGCAUUGGAAAAUGUCUUGGCAAAUGCUUUAAAUUUGCCAAUCAACGAAGAUCCAUACAAUGAUAAAAAUAAAAAAGAAAUUGCCACGACAACGACAAUUGUAAAUGAUUUUGGCGACGACGAUUUUAAUGUUGAUUUCGAUGAAAUUGAACGUUCCGUAGAAUUGGCACAAUCAAAAUUAUUAAAAGAAACAAAUAAUACAAAUAAAAAUUACCAACAAUCAUUAAAUAUUAAUAAUAAAAAUAUAUCGAAAUUUAAUGAUAAUACAAUGAGAAAUCAGCCAUCACCCCAACAACAAACAAAAAAUGAAAAUCAAAUAAUUUUUAAUAAUUGUGAUUUUCAUGAUAAUGAUGAUGAUGAUGUAAUUUUCGAUGAUCUCGAAAUAGACGAGGGUUUUUCAUCUCACAAUAAUCAAAAUUCAAUUAAAGAAUCACCUAUAAUUGCAAAGAAUAUUACCGAGCCAACACCAUCAAGUUCAAAAGCAUUUGAUAUUCCCGACGAUGAUUUUGAUUUUAAUGAAGUUGAUUUUGAUUCAGGUUUCACGUGGACGGAACCAGUGCCAGCGUUAAAAAAUGAAGUUACUUCGAAUAGUGGGAAAACGGUAGAAAAUAUCAAACGAGAGCAAAAUAUAACUGGAGGUAAUGGUUUGCAAAAAGUUAUUACAGGAAGCAAAAGAUCUUCGGCUCAAUUAUCGCCUGUUACGUCAACAACAAAAAUUCAUUGUUUAGAAAGUGCAACGACAAAAAGUGCAACGUCCAAUCGUAAAAUUACUGAUUUUAUUGGCAAUAGCAGUAAAACGACAAAACGUGACGAUUGUCCAAUGAAAGUUUGUGAUUUUAUUAGCGAAAUAUUGACAAUAAAUUUAACAGAACAACCAAUACGACGAAGAAUACGUGCAAAAGUCACGACAAUUGGAAAAUUAACGAAAAAAAAUGGUCUAUGGAUAUUGUAUGGAACAAUUAUUGAUCAAUCGGGAAAAUUGGAUGUCGAUUUUUCUUCUCAGUUCAUGGAAAAUAUCUUGGGAUUUAGUGCCAAUGAAUUCAGUGAGAAAAAAAAGGAAAUGAAAUUAAAUCCCGAAUUGCUGGAACCAAUGAGAAAGAAAAUGCUCGAAGGUCAAACAAAAUUAGGCGAAAUGAAUUGUCUAAUGGAAUUGGAAAUGAAAAAAAACGUAAAACCAUUGGUUUUGAGUUAUUCAGAAUUAAGUGAAACUCAAAUAAACGCUCACAAUAAACGAUUUAAAUUUCUUUAAUUUUAAAAAUUAAUUUAAAAAAAAAAUUCUUCUUUUUUAAAACUUUGAAAAAAAAAAAUUAUAUUCUCGAAAAAAUAAUUUUUAAAAAAUUAUGUUUAAAACACAAAAAUAUUAACUACGUUUGUUUGUUUGUUUUUUUUAUUAUAAACACGCAUGUACGUGUCACGUUCCUUUCUUUUUUUUUAAUUAAAAAUAAGUGUUAAUUAUUGUGUUAGUUUACAAAUAAAAUGUACAAUUUUCUUUACAUAAAAAUAUAUUGACAUUAUUUAUAAAAAAAAUGUACAAAAAAAAAAAAAAAUUGUGAAAUAAAAGUAUUUUUUCUAUUUUUGGUAAA